AUACGCUUGUCCUUGCCUUUGUUACUUCCUCCCUCCUCCACCCUCUCUCUCUCUCUCUCGUCACUUUGCCGUUUUUGCUUCUUUAGCCCAAACUUUAGCCAAAUUGAAGAAAAACGAACAACAUGUGCCCUCACGUUUCGCAGCUCGACCAAGAACAACUCAUUGAGAAGCUCGGGAUCUUCAAGAUCCAUGGACGAGACAAACAUGGCCGCAAGGUCCUUCGCAUUAUAGGCAAAUUCUUCCCUGCACGACUUCUGAGUGUGGAUGUGCUUAAGAGUUACUUGGAGGAAAAGAUCUAUCCUCGCCUAGGAAAGAAGCCGUUUUCUGUGUUGUAUGUUCACACCGGGGUUCAAAGAAGUGAGAAUUUUCCUGGAAUCUCAGCCUUACGAUCUGUCUACGACGCGAUACCAAUCAACGUCAAGGAUAAUAUCCAGGCCGUUUACUUUCUCCAUCCAGGCUUACAGGCCAGGCUAUUCCUAGCAACCUUUGGCCGUCUUCUCUUCAGCGGCGGGCUGUACGGGAAGCUGAGGUAUAUAAACAGGAUUGACUAUCUGUGGGACCACAUGAGGAGGAAUGAGGUAGAAAUUCCAGAAUUUGUUCAUGAUCAUGAUGAGGAUUUGGAGUACCGUCCGAUGAUGGAUUAUGGAUUGGAAAGUGAUCAUCCUAGAGUGUACGGUGCGGGUGCACCCACCAUGGAUUCUCCUGUGUGUAUGUAUUCCAUGAGGUGCAUAUCGUAAAUAAAAAUUGGUGAGAUGCGUCUUAUUUUGUGUAUAGAGAGACCUCGAGCUCACAAGUCACAAGUGAAUGUGGGGGAGAUAUUGGCGUAAUGUGUAGUUUUUAUAUUUUGUUAGGGAUAAGAUAAGUUGUAAUAUUUUCGUUGGAUUUCAAGUUGAAUCCCAAGGCUUCCAGCAUAUAUCCAAAAAUGGAUCUCAGUGGAAAGAGAGAAUUGUGCAAAAA